AUGUUUAAGACAAGUGCCAAUCCUUCGGGAUCUUACCUGCCAUUCUUCGACCUGUAUAUCAAGGACAUCAAUCAAAAACAGCCACUCAAGUUGGAUGAAGGCUUGCCCAAGAGAAUGUGGCUUAUGAUGGGUACUCUGGGAUCGAAACCACAGUGUCCUUCUCAGAAAACUAAGAUCGUUGAAGGGGGCAUGUCCGGACACCUCAUGAAUUUCAAUCCCAAAAACGCAGGACCCUUGCACGAAUUUCUGAGACCAAGAGGGGGAAAUAACGGGAACAAUGAAAUUCAGAGAUACGCUCAACCUCUAGCAGUUGCAAAGGACGCAUACCAAAUGGUAUUAUGCCCUUUCAAUCUUGAGCCUGGAAAGUGGGAGUACGAAAUGGUCGGCGAAUUCAACUUCACGUACAAGGAUGGAGAGGGAGAAUCUGAAGGGAACAUGAGAAUGGAAAUAGACAUAACAUUUUGGUUUGAGGUUGAAAAGAAUGGGGAGAAUGCACGGAAGACACUGAAAAUACUAGAAAUGAAGCCCCCGCAGAUAGCAUAUUAUGCCGAAAAGGAAGGGAGACUCAUGCCCGUCUAUGUAUCCGACCCAGUUGAGGAACGCUCUGCCUAG